AAUGACAGUAGUUGGAGAAAGCUCUUAAGAGAAAGAAGUGAGCGUUGGUUUUCAAGGUUGUUUUCAAGAUGCCAAUUGAACAGAUACACAAUAAGCGAUUAUUGGAAGGAGUUUUGAGAGGUGCUGGAGAAAAACCUGUACCAAUUUCCUUCAUAUCUCCUAAAUGUGGGCAUUGCAAAAGACUAAUGACCUUUCUUGAAUCACAACAACAAAAGAUGCCUAAUGUUAUCUUCAGGAUCGUGGAUGUUGACGUUUCAAAAGAUCUGAUGAAUGAAUUUGGGAUUGACAGUGUACCAGUAACUUUCAUAUUCAAAAAUGGUGUAUUGAGAUGUAAAGUAAUUGGGGCCAACAUGGAGCUAUUGCUAAACAAUCUGAUGGAAAUGAACUGAUCUUUCAUCAGCUGCCAUUCAGUUUAAAUGGUCUAAAAGGGUUGUCCCAUGAAAAAUAUUUUACAUUUUCAAGCCUGAAUUUGAAUAAGUUUGUAAUGGCAUGUAAUAAAAAUCGAGUAUAGCAAUUGAGAUAUUCAAU